AUGAAGGAGCUGAGGACUUCGCAAUUCCGAGAUCCUGCUUCUAUUUGUGAAGAUUUUGACAAUCGUCUUGUAAAUCAUUUUGUACAAGAAUUCAAAAGUAAAUUUAACAAAGUCAUUUCAUCCAAUACACGUGCUAUCUGUCGUUUAAGAACGGCAUGUACAGUAAAUAUGCAAAACGUUGAAAGUGUGAAGAGUCUUUACGAUUUUCAUAUGACACCAUUAAUAUUUUGUCAGAGAAAUACACAAGGUAAUAGGGAGAUGUGUAAGUCCUAUCCUUUAUUUGUCAACCACAUAUCCCAAUAA